AUCUUCCCAUCAACCUUCAUCUCACACAUUCUCAUUACAUCCUAUUCAUCUACAAACACCAUCACCAUGAGCGACGCUGAACAAAAGGUUGCCGCCACGGAGCCUCUCGAGGAGCCUUCCGAUAACUCCGUUGACACCAACACCGCCUACAUCCGUUGGGAUGUCAAGGGUGGCAGUGACCGAGAUCACUAUCCUACCUUUGACACCUGGCAACCCCUUGAGGGUAAUCCAAACAUCCAGGGCUACACCUGCCGCAGUGCUGUCAACCUCUGGCUGUAUCUUGGAGAUUCGGGUCAACAGUUUUCCGGGCCAACCGAAGGCAAAGUCAAGAUCGACCCCCGCCGUGUCUCAAAGUACAAGAUUGUGCAGCGUUAAUAUGGAACAACAUGCCAUGGCUGAGUCAUUCAACAUGUCUACAUGGCGACUGAGAUUACCUGCAUUCUCAGAAAUUCAACGAUACCUGGCACAAUGUCAAAGUUACAAGAGAGGGGUAUAUCUCCUUCUCAUAGUCAUUCGUUAUACUUGAAUAAAUAAAGCCGUGGCCACGGACCUCAAAGUCUCGAUU